AGUCUCUUUCGCUGAUGUCGGCUCGAUGUAUUGCUUAAUUUCCCAUCACUAUCAGAAAGCUUCUUCUACGGAUUCCAGUUGGCCUCUGAUUUGUCAACGAAGCUUGGUGGCAGCAAACCGAAUUGCAAUCAGCUCACCGGCUGCUGUUCUCCGCUGCAAAUCCACAUGGUUCUCCGAGGUACAAAUGGGUCCACCGGAUGCCAUUCUGGGUGUUACCGAGGCCUUCAAGAAGGAUCAAAAUCCGAAGAAGAUCAACCUUGGAGCCGGUGCCUAUCGUGACGACAACACCAAACCCUUUGUGUUGCCCAGUGUGCAUGAGGCUGAGAAACGUAUAGUGAAUCGUGGUAUGGAUAAGGAGUAUGCAACCAUUAUUGGUGUGCCAGAGUUCUACAACAAGGCAAUCGAAUUGGCUCUGGGUGCCGAAUCGAAGCGACUGCAGGCGAAGCACAAUUGUACCACACAGGCGAUCAGUGGCACUGGAGCAUUGCGCAUUGGCGCUGCUUUUUUGAGCAAGUUCUGGAAGGGUAAUCGCGAGAUUUACCUGCCCAACCCGUCGUGGGGCAAUCAUGUGCCCGUUUUCGAGCAUGCUGGCCUGCCGGUGAAGCGUCAUCGCUACUAUAAUCCAAAGAAUUGCAAUCUGGACUUCAAUGGCAUGGUCGAGGAUCUGAAGAAAAUCCCUGAAACAUCUGUGGUGCUGUUGCAUGCCUGCGCCCACAAUCCAACUGGUGUGGAUCCCACUGCCGAGCAGUGGCGUGAGCUUUCUCAGGUAUUCAAGCAGCGAAAGCUGUAUCCGUUCUUCGAUAUGGCUUAUCAGGGCUUUGCCACUGGAAACGUUGACGGUGAUGCUCAGGCGGUGCGCAUCUUUGAGGCCGAUGGUCAUGAUUUCUGUUUGGCGCAAAGUUUCGCCAAAAAUAUGGGUCUAUAUGGGGAGCGCGCGGGCGCCUUCUCCGUAAUCUGUGCCGAUGAGCAGGAGGCGGCACGCUGCUUAUCACAGAUAAAGAUUCUCAUUCGUGCCCUCUACUCGAAUCCACCAAUUCAUGGAGCGCGCAUCGCUUCCGAGAUUCUUAAUAGUGCCGAUUUGCGCAGCCAGUGGCUGAAGGAUGUGAAAUUGAUGGCCGAUCGCAUUAUUGAUGUGCGCUCCAAGCUCAAGGCAAAUCUGGAGAAACUAGGCUCCACGCACAACUGGGAGCACAUUGUUAAUCAGAUCGGCAUGUUUUGCUUCACGGGCCUGACACCGGAGCAGGUCGAUAGCCUGAUCAAGAAUCACAGCGUUUACCUGACCAAAGAUGGUCGCAUUUCCAUGGCUGGUGUGACCAGCAAGAAUGUUGAGUACCUGGCUGAGAGCAUGCACAAGGUGACAAAAUAAAUCCAGCUGGUAGUGGAUGGACAUGGUUAGAAACCACUUAGCGACACCUGAUCUACAAUUAUUUUUGAUAACAUUCAAUGACAAUACAAAAUUGUAUUUGCUCCUGAAUCACACUCUCUCUGUACAUACACGCUAUAGAUCUGCCUUGAAAAAAAUAAAGCAUUUUUAAUGAUACAUAUUGAAAAAUAGAAAAUACAUAAUAUGUGUGAUGUCUUCAAUACACUUAGCAUAUCAAUAAUUGCCCAAUAAAAUAUAUAAAUAAAUGUGCGCAUAGUACAUCAGUUA